UCCCACGUAUCCCUUCUCUCCUGCCAUGUCUUUUCUCAACGAAGUCCCCGCCUCCGUGUCGACGCAGUACAUCGCUACUUUUCCUCCGUACCCGCCACUGCCGUACGUGGACUCCGCCCUCCAGGACGUACAACACGCGAAGUAUGACCAGCGCGACAUCGGGUCCGGGAUUCAAUCUCAGCAAUUAGAUUGCUCCAAGCUUUUCGACGAUACGGUCGGCUUCUUCGACUUUAUCACAUCACUGAGCCCCUCCCAAGCGAGCAAUGCCGGCUCGGGCAGUCCCCAGACCAAUUGCUCCCUCGCUGCUCAUCAUUCAACCGCCAGCCACGCCACUUCUUCCUCAGGCACUGAACGUUCCGAGGCAACACCCCAAAGAAGUUCUGCUCGCCAAGCUCAUCUCCAGGAUGACAGGGGUUCUGUUGGUGCCGCACGGUCUAUGAAACCCAAACGUUCCAGGAAGCACGUCCCUUACGAGGCUGCUGUCAAGCGCAAAGGCAUCGUUGCGGCAGAGGGAGUCGAGCCAGGGCCAUCGGAGAAGAGGCCGUCGAAUGCAUACUUUGUCUUCUUGCGCGACUACCGCCCAGCUCUCGCGGAUCCUGGCAGCUUCGCGCUCUCGAAUAACCUGCUGCUCCGUAUCAUGGGCAAGAUGUGGUAUCUUAUCUCUCCUGAGAAGCGGGAUUACUACGACAGGCUCUCUCGUGCCGAACAGAACCCCGCGCCCGAAGAUUCUGUCGCCUACAAGUUCCACCACGGCACCGCGGCUUUCAAGGUUGUCUCCGUUCCCCUCGUCCUCGAAGCGAUGCGCAUCCUCAUACGCUGCUGCGUCGACCGCGUUUUCGACCCGAAUCUGACCGCCACUCGUGUGUCCCGCAAGAGGUUCACAAAGGAGUCCGCGGAGAACGCGCUGCACUUUGCGGAAGAGCGCGAGGAGCUGUGGAAGAGCUGGAAAGAGUGGUUGGGCGAGCCAGUCGCCGCGCUCCCUCCUCUAUUCUCACCCGAGGACGCAUUCUGCACCGCGCAAGAUCUGAGGCCGUUUGGCUUGGUCGUUGGGUCACAGCUGCCGCUUGCUUCGCCAUCCGCGGUGCUACCUGCAAUGUCGUCUACUCAGUCGACCAUCCGGCUCCCCGUCAUGCCGACUAUGCCAAACUUUGCCGCCCCUGCCUUUGCGACGCCGGACAAUUCUUUGCUUUCUUACUCUCACACUGUUCCUCCUGUAUCCCCCAACAUCAUGGCUCUGUUAGCUGGUUAUUCUACGCCAGUUAUCUGGUGAUGUUUCUCUGCUCUGCACAUUGGAAAUUGGCUCAUUCAUCAUCGAUUCGAACUUUUAAAACACCACAAUUCAUACCUUUUCAGUGACUAAACAG